UUCAGCCUUCAAAAUGGGCCAGCAGCAAUCGGGUUUUGGAGGAAAGGGAAAUGAAAGAGGUGGAGGCGAUGCUGACAAGGAAAAGAAGAAGAAGUACGAAGCACCAAUUCCAUCGAGAAUCGGGAAGAGAAAGAAGGGAUCCAAAGGACCAGAUACCGCUAGUAAACUUCCUGCAAUAACUCCUCAUGCUCGCUGCCGUCUGAAGCUUUUGAAGAGUGAGAGAAUCAAGGAUUAUCUACUCAUGGAACAAGAGUUCAUCCAAAAUCAGGAGCGUCUGAAGCCGCAGGAAGAACGUCAGGAGGAAGAGCGUACUAAGGCAAAUGAGCUCCGUGGCACACCCAUGGCGGUGGGAUCGCUCGAAGAAAUAAUCGACGAUCAACAUGCCAUUGUCUCAACCAAUGUCGGAAGCGAGCAUUAUGUGAAUAUCAUGUCAUUUGUCGAUAAAGAACAGCUCGAGCCUGGCUGUGCCGUCUUACUUAACCACAAGAACCACGCGGUCAUCGGGGUUCUCGCUGAUGAUGCUGAUCCUAUGGUGUCAGUAAUGAAAUUAGAAAAAGCGCCACAGGAAACCUACGCUGAUGUUGGUGGACUCGACCAACAAAUUCAAGAAAUCAAAGAAUCCGUUGAACUGCCCUUAACUCAUCCCGAAUACUACGAGGAAAUGGGUAUCAAACCACCUAAAGGUGUGAUUCUUUACGGUUGUCCUGGUACAGGAAAAACUCUGUUAGCUAAAGCUGUGGCUAAUCAGACAUCCGCCACCUUCCUUCGAAUCGUUGGAUCUGAACUCAUCCAGAAAUAUCUCGGAGAUGGUCCAAAAAUGGUUAGGGAGUUGUUCCGCGUUGCUGAAGAAAAUGCACCUUCAAUCGUUUUCAUCGAUGAAAUCGAUGCUGUAGGUACAAAACGGUACGAUUCGAACUCCGGUGGAGAGCGAGAAAUUCAGCGUACUAUGCUUGAAUUGCUGAAUCAGUUGGACGGUUUCGAUUCGCGCGGUGAUGUGAAGGUUCUGAUGGCAACUAAUCGCAUCGAAUCGUUGGAUCCUGCCUUAAUCCGUCCUGGUCGUAUUGACAGGAAAAUCGAGUUUCCCCUCCCUGAUGAGAAGACGAAGAGAAGAAUCUUCCAGAUCCACACAUCUCGCAUGACAUUGAACAGUGAUGUAAAUCUAGAAGAGUUUAUCCUUGCGAAGGACGAGCUGAGUGGCGCAGAUAUCAAGGCCAUGUGCACGGAAGCUGGCCUACUUGCGCUCCGUGAACGCCGCAUGAGAGUUACAAUGGAGGACUUCCAGAAGUCUAAGGAAAAUGUUCUCUACAGAAAGAAGGAGGGAGCGCCCGAAGAACUUUACUUGUAGUGACAGCCGGGUUGUCAUAAUUACUAUCUAUCGCGUGAUUUUUCAUAUUUUUUCUAAAUAUACAAGUAGUUUGGUAUUCACGUGUUCCACUGUAAUAAUUGAUCUUUAACUUCGAUUGCAACUGCUUUGGGGCUUGAUACCAGUUCCACAAUGUUGAAUAAAGCACUUGAUGUUGAA